AAGAGAUGAAUCAUUUUUGUUCCCAACUUGGAAACCGACGAUUUAUAUUGUUUCACAUUCUUCUACUUCUUCCUCCUCCUUGAUCUGAUCUCCCAAGAAAAUUCAUCAUGUAAGUUCACUUUCGAAUAUUUUUCUUAACCUGCAUGUUUAUGCAACUUGAUGAGUAUGAUUUUAGGGUUUGUGGUUUUGUUUGAGAUUAGGGGUGAAGAUGAUAUAGUAGAGCUCUUAUGGAAGAGUGGCCAAGUCGUUACAAGCAGCCAGCAGACACAGAGACUCUCCUCCGGUCCUCUACCCAUUCUCCGCGGCAGCGGAAGCGGAGAAGGAAAUGCUCCUCUACCGCAGCCUCCACCUCCCCUGCAUCAUCAUCAUCAGUGUCUCUUCAACCAAGAUUAUUUCUAUUCCGGCGUCUCCACGACUCCGGCUACUCUCCCCCAAAGAAGUUCGGCCUCCAUGGCCCCACCACCACUUAGUUCUCAGUACAUUAUGACACCGGAGAGACCCACCGGUCAAGUUUUGGCCGCGAGAAGGGCGGAGAAUUUUAUGAACUUCUCGAUUCUAAGAGGGAACAUAUUUACUACUGGCGGUAGAGAUGAAGCUGGACCGUCCAUGCAGAUGAGCUCGAGUGCGACCCCGUCGUCUUUUGCAAUUGGACCAUGUGUAAUACCAGCGACGGCUGAGGGCACCAAGAGUCGAGUGUCGCCCACUUUUACAGUUCCUAGUCGUCGGAACGAAAAGGUGGCUAUUGAUCAGACAACGGUUUGUGAGAUCGCCGAAACAAAGCCGAUUCAGAUACAACCAGUUACAGAAAUUGCCGAAGACAGGAAGCAAAAGGAAAGAGAAGAAACCAGUGCCGAAAUCCAGGGAACUCAAGAAGCUCGUGGUUCACAUUCUAGGAAGAGGUCACGAGCUGCAGAAAUGCAUAACCUUUCCGAAAAGAGACGGAGAGAAAAAAUUAACGAGAAGCUUAAGACUCUGCAAGAACUCAUUCCUGGAUGCAGCAAGAAGGAUAAAGCUUCAACACUGGAUAGUGUUAUUGAGUACGUGAAAUCGGUCCAGAUGAAAGAGCAGAUGAAGUCGAUGGAACAAGGUAUGAUGCCACCAAUGAUGUCUGCGGAGAAUACGCCUCAGUUAAUGCCCCACAUGAGGAUGAUGGAUAUGAACCGGCCUCCUCCAUUGAUACCUUUCUCCGGCACACCUUUUCCUAGGCCGCCUCAUGUGGCGGGUGUAGGUCGUCCAUCAUGCCCAGCGCCACGCUACCCUACUGAUCCAUCUAGAGUCCAUUUACAAAGUCCUCAGCCUAACUCGGUGUCGAACCAGCCUCAGUUUCCGACUUACAUGAAUCCCUAUAGCCAGUUUGUUGGUCUCCACCAGAUGCAACAACCUACUUCUUCAUUGCAUAGUCAAACAACAUCGCAUUAUUUCAGCCAUGCAAGUAGUAGCAAAGAACCUGGUGAUGAGGGCAACCAAUCAACAGGUUGA